AUGUUUUAUAUCAUGUUAUUCAACCCUGAAUUCAAUCCAUCUAUCUGCCAGAAAAUAUUUCAUCUUUUAUUAUGGUUUAUUCAAACACGUUUUAUAAUCUAUGAUAGAAAUGAACAUUUAAUGAAUAAUGAAAUUGAUAUUUUAGCUAAAACAUUAAUUCACAAUGAAUAUAAUUCAUUAAAUGCAAAAAUAAUAGAUUUUAAUGAAUUAUUUAAUAUACAAAAUGAUAUGAUAGAAUCUAUUUUAAAUUAUGAAAAUGAAUGUGUUGCUAUGGCGAAAAAUUAUUCUAAUUUAUUACGUAAAAUAUUUAUACCAAACUAUUCUCCUUGA